UAAAACACCUACAGUUUCCCCGCCAGCCCAAACACCCCCCAACAUUAUUCAACAACAUAUAUAAAUACAAAACUACAUUCCACACCCCAAUAAUUACUAACUCAACGGUACGUUGAUCAAAACAAGAAGAGAGAAACUACUAGAGGAGGGGAUGAAUUACUCAGCCAUCUCCGCGGCGGCGCCGGCCCCAUUCGUGCUCCCGCUGAACCUGGCCGCAGACGAAGGCAGCCCGGAAUGGAUGAGCAAAGGCGACAACGCGUGGCAGCUCACCGCAGCCACCUUAGUGGGCCUCCAGAGCGUGCCGGGCCUGAUCAUCCUGUACGGCGGCGGGGUCAAGAAGAAGUGGGCCGUGAACUCGGCCUUUAUGGCCCUCUACGCCUUCGCGUGCGUGCUCUUCUGCUGGGUCUCGUGGGGGUACCGGAUGUCGUUUGGCGACACGUUGCUGCCGUUUUGGGGGAAGCCCAACGUGGCGCUCACCCAGGACUUCCUCCUCCAGCAGACGUACGGCGGGUACAAGUUCCCCAAUGCUACGAUGGUUUACUUCCAGUUCGUGUUCGCCGCCAUUACUUUGAUCUUGAUCGCCGGCGCGGUGCUGGGGAGGAUGAAUUUCUACGCCUGGAUGAUGUUCGUGCCGUUGUGGCUCACGUUCUCGUAUACGAUUGGGGCUUUUACGAUAUUUUGUCCCAAUGGGUUCUUGUUCAAGAAGGGGCUCAUUGAUUAUUCCGGUGGGUAUGUGAUUCAUUUGUCGUCUGGUGUCGCCGGCUUCACUGCUGCCUACUGGGUUGGGCCACGUUUGACAAAGGACAGAGAGAGGUUCCCGCCGAACAACAUCAUUCUGAUGCUAUUCGGAGCCGGGAUGCUGUGGAUGGGCUGGACCGGGUUCAACGGCGGCGACCCGUUUGCAGUCAACGUGGACGCCUCGCUGGCAGUGCUGAACACACACGUCUGCACAGCCACGAGCCUGCUAACGUGGCUUACGCUGGACAUCAUCUUCUUCCGGAAAUCUUCCAUCAUCGGCGCCAUCCAGGGCAUGAUCACCGGCUUGGUGUGCAUCACCCCUGCCGCCGGCGUGGUGCAAGGAUGGGCCGCAAUCAUAAUGGGCCUGUGCUCGGGCUCGAUCCCGUGGUUCACGAUGAUGGUGGUCCACAAGAACUGGGAGCUCCUCCAGAAGGUGGACGACACGAUGGCCGUGUUCCACACCCACGCCGUGGCGGGCUCGCUGGGCGGGAUCCUGACGGGCCUGUUCGCCGAGCCCAAGCUCAACGACCUGUUCUACGCCACGUACGGGGAGUACAUGGGGCUGUUCUACGGGUUCAACAUGGGCCAACUCCGGCUCGGGUUUCGCCAGGUCGGGGUCCAGCUGCUGGGCAUCGUCUUCGUGGUGUGCCUCAACGUCGUCACCACCUCCAUCAUUUGUCUGCUGAUUCAGCUGGUGGUGCCGCUGAGGAUGUCGGAGGAGGACAUGGAGAUCGGGGACGAGGCGGCGCAUGGGGAGGAGGCCUAUGCGAUUUGGGGCAGCGGGGAGAAGCAUGAACAGAGAGAUUUGAGCAUGUAGAUCCAUUGUAACACAUGCGACGCGAAAAGAUCGUGAUUUGAGCUCGUUUUAACAACGGAGUUCUAUGAGUUAAGCAGACGAGCGAAUUCAAUCGAAAAUCGAUUAAGCCAGAGAAUAAAUUUUGUCGUCUUAAGUAAGAUGACAUGGAGCUUCUUAACACGUCUGGAUAUUUUUUUUUCUUUGCAUUUUGGUUUUUUUAGGUGGAGUUAUAAGCAAUUAAUCUGCCUGUUGGUGAUGAAUAAAAUGGGCUGGGUGUA